AGUUCAUACUUCAAAGCAACUAUUUGAGGCGCACAAGUGUCAAGUUUAAUAAACAUUUUCUUGUGUUUACCGUACAGGUACAAUAACUGUUAUUAAUAUUUGCAGUUUGUUUCAACGUUAUUAACAUUAUUAUUUCAUGACGAUUUCGAUUGGAUUUAGUGUAUAAUUAUUUAGUCAGUACAGUCUAGUCGAACCGUUUUGGUUUGCUCGAUUUGUAAUUUAAUCGUGACUCAUUUAUUACGUUUGUUUAGAUGUCUUAUUAUUUAUGCUUUGCCGUUAAUUAAAAUCAUAUUUAAAUGUUAAAAGACAUUAAAAAUAUAAUGAGUUUGAAACGCCCGAAUAAUUUCCCCAGUAUAACCGAUGGUGUGUGUUUACAAAAUCUAUCCACUGGUGAAAUCCACUUCUUGGAAGAUGAGUUUAUAAUUGGUCGCGCCCUCGGCUGUUCACUCGUUAUCGGAGAUAUCAGUAUAUCAAGACAACACUGUAUUAUAAAAAAAUCUUGUAACCACUACACCAUUAAAGAUAAUGGAACUGGUAAUGGGACGUAUGUUAACUAUACAAAAAUUCCCGGCGAAAAAAAGAAAACAGGGACAGUAGUUUUAAACCACGGAGAUAUCAUAGCCUUAGGAGCUGACAUGGGUCAUUAUAAACAUCUAUUCAGAUUUAUCUCACAGGCGAAUGCUGAUAAAAAAAUCAAACUAGAUGCAUGUGUAAACAAAAACAAAAACACCAACAAUGACAAUCAAUUGCAGUGCAAGGUCAAUGAAGAAUAUAAAAAAAAAUUAUUAAAUCUUCAUUCUGACGUUGAAACUUUAAAAUUCCAAAAUAUCAUGUUGAAACAUUCGGUUACUCAAUUAAAUGAAUUUCAAGAUUGCAUUAAGAAAGCUCUCGAUUUUACUGCCAAAUUGCGUAAAAAAGUUCAAAAUCAAAACCUGGAAAUUGAAGAACUAAAAAAACACAAUAGUAAUAACAACAUGAUACACGAAGAUGGUAAACUUGCCCUACAAGAAACAGUAAUUACCAAGUUCAAAGACCAAGCUUAUACUAUUUUAGAAAAUGACUUUCAAUGUCCAAUUUGCAAUGAACUAAUGGUCAAGGCGUGCACGGUCAAUUGCAGCCAUUCGUUUUGUGAAAAUUGUAUCAACACGUGGUUAAAAAAAAGUAAAAUCUGUCCAGUUUGUCGUACUUUGGUUAAAACCAAAACAGGUUGUCUUACCAUGGACAAUUUUAUUAAUAAUUUCUGCGAGUUUCUCGGGAGCACCGCUAAAGAACAACGAGAAAAAGUUCAGAAUGAAAGGCUAGCUGUGAUGAACUCUAUUCGAAUAGUACAAGUAACCCACUCAGGAAGAGGCGGUGGAAGAGGUAGGGGCAGAGGCUCGAGAAGAGGACCACAGCAAAUGAAUCAUAUUUUGCAAAGGUUUCAGGACAUUCAAGAAAUCAUUCCAAUCGAUAUCGAUUUGAGCAACUAUAGAACGGUAGGACCGCCGAGACAAACGAAUGAACCCAUCGAAGUCGUUGACCUUACGCAUAGUAUGUCUCGAUAAAAUAAAUGUAAAUAUGGCUUUUAAAAGUGUUUUGAUUUCCAAAAAAUUGUAAGAUUUUCUUUUUUCAUUAAAUAUAAUAAAACAAUAAAAUGUUAAAACCAAUUUAUAUAUUGCUCUUUCAAAAAGAAAUUUGCAUUUACGCAAAUUAUUUAAAUUUACAGUGUCUGUACAUGACACAACUUAUAUUUCUCUGAUUGAAAUGUUUUUCAUAUAAAAAAAAAAAUUAAAAAAAAGUGUAUGGUUUAGAUUAAACAAUAAUGAAUUAAAGUAAUAUUUUAUGUGUGUAUAUGGUUACUCUUUCUACUUAAUUAUUAUUUAAAUAAAACAUGAUUAACAAAAUAUUUUGUAUUAUUUAAAUUAUAAUAUUGUUAAUGUUCGUCAUAGUAAAUUUUUAACUUGACAAACCCAUAAUAAUCGAAAUGGAUAUUACAAAUAGAUAUAUUGAAUUUAAUGUUGUGAAAUACUAAUUUGUCCAUCCAAUGAACCUGAAUUUCUAUAAAGUAGUGUAAAAUCCCCAAUUCCUUUUUUUCUCAAUAUUAUAUCAUAAUAAAUUGACUUAAUGACUUCGGUUUAACGUUGGUAUACAUAAGUAGAAAAAGCAUUGACAUUUAUUUGCCAAUAAAAAACUAAUUUGUUA